AUGACCAGAGCCCCAGCUCUGUCCCCUGUGCUCCCAGAGUCCCAGGUCCAUCCCCUGUGCUCCCAGAGUCCCAGGUCCAUCCCCUGUGCUCCCAGAGUCCCAGGUCCAUCCCCUGUGCUCCCAGAGUCCCAGCUCCAUCCCCUGUGCUCCCAGAGUCCCAGCUCCAUCCCCUGUGCUCCCAGAGUCCCAGCUCUGUCCCCUCUGUACUUUAUUGGGCUUGGGUUAGUAGGUGCAAAGGACAUCACCGUAAAGGGAUUAGAAAUUGUAAAGCAAUGAAUUUGUGUCUACCAGGAAGCCUACACGUCCAUAUUGACAGUUGGCAAAGAUGCACUGGAGGACUAUGGACGGAAGCUGAUACUGGCCGACAGGGACAUGGUGAAACAGAAGGCUGAUGAGCUCCUGAAAGAGUCUGAGGUCAGUGAUGUGGAAUUUCUUGUGGUGGGAGAUCCAUUUGCCGCCACCACCCACAGUGACAUGGUCCUGAGAGAAGUGAAUGCUGGAAUACAAUGCAGGGUCAUCCAUAAUGCCUCCAUGAACGCAGUUGAAUGCUGUGGCCUCCAGCUGUACAACUUUGGAGAGACGGUGUCCAUUGUGUUCUGGACAGACACCUGGAGACCGGAAAGAUUCUAUGAUGAAAUCAAGAAGAACAGGGACUUAGGGAUGCACACACUAUGCCUGAUUGCCAUUAGUGAGGAGAAGAUAUGCGUGGGUCUGGCCAGGGUGGGAGCCGAGGACCAGGCCAUCCGCACGGGGACGCUCUGCCAGCUGGCGUCUUGUGACCUGGCGGCCUGCUACACUCCACGAUCGUGA